CUCGGGGUGGGGAGUUGAUAAGCAGAUGGUUGGAACAAAGAUUUCGAUUGGCCAAUCCCUGCAAAGAAGAAACAUGGGCACGUAUUGCCAUAGAAUUUCUCAUGUGCCUGCAAUUAAAAGGUGUAAUUUUGAUACUGAUGGGGGUGACAUAGUCAAUAGAGCUCGUGACGCGGAAGAGAGAUUGAUGAUGUCCGAGAUUUUCCUUAUAAAGUGCAUCGCCGACACUCUAAGAACCUAUGUUAUGCCAGUGAUCAUUCCAGUCGAGAAGAUCAGUAACUUCAACCGCAUUAUAAGAUUCAAACUACUGAGUUCAGAAGAAAACGUAACACGCCCAAGUCAAGAUGCCGACCUUCGCCAGUUUCUUGUGUGCAUCCUUCGUCCUGUGCAUGGUCAUCACUCAUUCCUUUGGGUUUGCUCUCUCCGCAAAAGAGAAAAGGGGUUGGACACUAAACAGUGCAGGAUACCUACUAGGACCACAAGCCAUGGAUAAGUACAAAUUGAAUGAAAAGCAUGGCAUUGCUGGAAAACGUGAUCUGCAAUUUGACAAUGAUAUCAAACCUGGUAAAUUUCUACAAACCCUCACCGAUGAAAGCAUUGCACGUAUUGCCAUAGAAUUUCUCAUGUACCUGCACUCAAAAGAAAUGGGUGGACUUGACAACUUGCAAUCAUUAUUACCAUCUGAGGUUGGACAGUCAUAACCUAUAGAACAGACUUUCUGCAACAUGGGAUAAGCAACUGCAACUUCCAUGAUGAUGAACAAAUCAAAUGAUAUUUGUCACACUAAGAUACAUAGCAAUUAGAUGGUUGAAAAUAUUACUUGAUAUUAAUUUUGUUGACUUUUAUUGAAAUUAAUACUUUGUGAGAUUCUUUGUUUCCUCAUUGCGAAAAAUGUGUAGACCAUUAAAAUUAGCAGCUGCAAUUA